CCUAGGGGGGUCCUUAACCCUGCCCCGUAUCUCAUCGCGAUAGCUUUAUAUACAUUUUCGUAGUUCUGUACGUAUGUGGAUGGCAUCGAUAUCGAUACUAUCAUGAUCGAGGUCUUCCUUUCUCUCUUUCUCUUUCCCUUCUUUUGAGGGGGGGAGGUAGGCCGUUAGCCGUAGGGUGACCACGUUCCUAGGGAAUCGGACAUGCGCAUGUGCCGUUCUACCGAUCCAAGGAAUUCGAGCGAAUCGUACAGUUCAUAGUCAUAUUUAGAUGGCGGGCGCAGGUGGGGGCUCUGGAAGGGGUGUACUGCAUACGGUGUUAAGGCAUAUUAUGCAUCCUGUACUCGGUACUCCGAGGCUCUCCCCUCUCCUCUCGAGACGUUUACCUCGAUUAGACGGCUGGUGCCUUGCACUGUGUGUGCACACGGGCGUUUCAGUCUAUUUGAGAUGGGCCCCUUGGAGUAAAUGAAUGAGGAUAAGAAUAAGGAUGAUAGGGGGUUGACAGGUGUGACUCGGUGUGGAGGUGCUGUAAGGCGGGUGGACGACUCGGGGGCUGACGUUAUUAUACGCGCGCGCAUACGGACGACACCGUGACAAUGACUAGUAACUAAGCAGCCAUCCUGGACAAUAGAUGAACGAAUGGGAAAUAUGGCUGCCCCAAACUUGACAGUCCUGGAAAAUGCAUUUUGUGACAGAACUCACAGGCGCGUUGGCGGGAAGGCCGUGGUGGGUGGAUCCUCCCUCCCCCCUGUCCAUACGCUUGCGUGGUGUGCGUGGUGCACGGUGUGUGCAAGCCUAUAUGAGUAUGACGGUUAUCCGUUUAGAGUAACGGGUGCGAGUCAUGUUCCAAGUUGGACGUUCACGGCGGCGCUUCACCUGAGGCCUGACGAGACCGAUAAUCUCGAAGAAUGGGAAAUGGACAAAAUGGACAAGCUCCGAGACAUGUGCAAAAAAAAAAAAAAAAGUUAGUAAUAAUCAUACAUGGAGCUGGAGGGAGAGGGAGGCGAUGAAGAGUGUCACAUCCCCCGUCACUGUGCGUACUGCAUGGGGUGACCUAGCCGGCGCAGAGCCGACAACGCCCUGUACCUUCAUACCAGCGUCUCCACACCACGCGCGAGACUGCAUCAACAAGACAACAGCUCAUGACCCUUUGCAAAUAACCUCGUUCAAUUUU